CAGGUGGAGAGCGAGGGAUUCGGAUGCAACUUAUCUGCAGCUCUAGACUGACCAACAGGAAGUGUGAGUCAACAGUCAGCUGUCACCGUUAACGGGUCUCACCGUUGACAGUUCUAUAUAAAACACUUUGUACCUACAUUUCCCAGGUGCAAAAUGGCAAUGGUUUUAUCUCAGGAGACAUUUGACAGCGUUGUUAUAGAGAAUGUAACAGAGUUUGACAUGUCUCUUGAAGAUGCCAUCAACGAAACUAAAAAAGAAUUUGAAGCUCAGGGUGUGCAACUUGGGAUCAUUGUUAAGAACAUGAGACUUAGCGAAGACAAGAGGAGUGUUGUGCAUGACAUACUCGUUGCGUUAGAUAAACUUCGUAGUGCCGCUGAUGGUUCUCCUGUGUUGGAGGACAUACAAGAGCCACUUGCCUUGUUCUCUGCCCAGUGUAAACUGUCUGUGGCUCACCGUGUCUUGGCAAAUAACCAUGGUGGUUAUGCAGUUCUCCUGAAGCUCUUAAAAAAUGUCCAGGGAGAGCCUGCUAUGUUGGGGCCCACAUUGAAAGCCAUGGUUGCACUAACAGAAUCCAAUCCAGAUAUUUUGACCACUGAGGGAACCCAAGUUAUGGUGCAGCUUAUGGAAGAAUGGAAAUGUAGAGCUGACAAUCUCACAAUUCCUGAAUAUUUGGCUCGUUGGUGCAUCGAGUCCUGUGUAAAGCACGAACGUAACAGACAAACCCUUGUAGCUGCUGGAAGCCUUGGUGCCCUGGUGGCUUUACUACAUGCUAACAAAUCUAAUUCCCGAGUGGUGAGGUCAACGUGUAAGGCUCUCAGAGCGCACACGCUAGAUGAUGAUAUUAGACAAGAAUUUGGGAAGGCCCAUGAACAUGCAAGAAUUUUGGUUGAGGAGCAUGGUUUAAUUGGAGUCUGUCUAGACAUGAUUAAGGACUGGCACCAUGAGAGUGAAACAUCGAGCGAGUUGCUUUACGUAGUUGGCAAGCUGUGCGUGCGGGCCGAGUAUUGCCAGCAGGCUGUUGAUCACGGGGCAUUGUGUGUAAUAAAUGAUGUUCUCACUUCAUUUCCUAAUCAUGCUAUUUUAAACAAGCAAGCAAUUUCACUGUUGAAGGCAAUGGUUGGUAAUGACGAAGUGAAGAGAGAAGCAAUGAAGUCUGGUGUCGGCCAGCUGGUAAUUAUGUCGAUGACUAACCAUAUGGCCAUACCAAGUGUGUGUGAAGAAGGCUGCGGUGCUCUCUCCAUGAUGUCAUUAAGGGUCCCUGAUUACUCAAAGCAGCUUGUGCAGGCAGGGGCUGGACAAGCUGUAGUGCAAGCCAUGAAAACUCACCCAAAGAAUAAGCAGCUGCAGAAAUUGGGUUGCAUGGCUAUUCGAAACAUGGCAUCUCGCGUACAGGACAACCAACAUCUCUUCGUUGAGUAUGGGGUGGAAGAGGUUAUACAGGCUGCCCUUCAAAAUCAUGGUGAAGCAGUGAAAGAUGUGGCUAAGGCAGCUCUUAGGGAUCUGGACCUUAAAGUAGAUUUUGUGGAACAGUGGAGGGGCACUGGUCAUGAAAUCCACCGAUAAAAUAGUCACCAGUUCCGAAUUCUCAGGAAUCCCAGUGCGCAACUCCUGGCAUGUGUUAAACCCAUUCAGGUUUUGUAAUGUCUUGUGCAUUUAUUUCUCAGAUUUUCGCUAUAGAAUAACUAACUUUCAUGUGAUAGUAAUUAGGUUACUGCAAGUUCACUGAAAAUUUAGAUUUAAUGAUCUUUAUGAGCUUUAAAUCUUAUGAUCUUUAACAAAAAAUGCUAAAGCAAUAUGAGGUUUAUUUGCUUAUAUAGUAGACUUUUGUUUAUACAUAAUUAUACUCGGUAAGGACUGAACCUAUACAUUGUAAACAUUUUUAGAUUAUUUUUCAGUUUUUAUAUGAUCUCCUUUCAAAUAUAGGCAAAUUCAUAGAAAGUUUGACUUUUUUUUUUCAUUUUUAAUUUAGCAGCAUUCAUACAUAACCAAUUAAUACUGUUAUUUACAAGUUUAGUAAAAUAGGAUAUUCUUAACUUUUUUACUCAAGCUUUUGUAGUGCUCAAAAUUUGCACACAUGUGGCAGCUUGGUCCACUGGAAUGUAACAGAAACUUAAUAAAUAUAAUACUGUA